AUCCAAUUCCGAACACCCCCUUAACGAAAAACUCUCUAAAACCCUAGCUCUCGAAUCCCCUCUUUGCUCUGGCCAUUCGCCGGUGGAGAUGCCAGGCCGCCCGUCGGAACCCGAAAACGCUUUAAUCCCCUUGCCAACGGAGGUAGAUGUGCCUCUCUACCACAUACGGCUAGGUGUCAAGCCCCCGAUCUUCCGGGUUUUCAUCUCGUGGUCGCGCGGCAAUGUACUCCAAGUUGCGUGCAUCCGACCUCUUGAGGAUCAUUUAGCCAGAGGGGAGGGACAUGAAACUUCUGAUGGUCCAGGGCUCGGCGGCAAGGUAGUUGAGGUGAAGCUAGGCGCCAGUGAUCCGAAUAUCAGCGAAGCACAGAGGCGGAGGAUUAUUUACGACUCCGUCCCUCCUUUUGUUCUUCUUCAGAGCCGAAGGAAGGCAUUUUUGACGAUGUAUAGGAUGUCUUCUUCUUCCUCGCAUCCCUCCACCGACUGGUGGCAGCAAGUCUUGGAGUAUAGUAGGAGCAUUUCAGAACUUCUUGGGAGUUCAAAGCUUCCAGCUAAAUCUGUAAUUGAAGAUCCAAUGAUUGUUUUGGAGCCUGUUGAGAAACCUAGCAGUCUUAAGGCUGCAUGGCAGUUGAUGGAGAUCUUUUAUGUAGAUAAACAUUAUUUUUCAUGGCUUCCAGAACGUCUUGUUGACUGGUUAGCGGAGUAUGAUGCUAUUCUAUCUGAGACACAUAUGACAGUCCAUUCACAACUUGUCAAACUCCAAGAAAAAUUGGUCAAUUUGCAGGUGAUUGAGAAUGAUCCUGAGUAUUGGGAAGGGCUAUCAUCAGUUCUUACGGUCGGUUGGCUUGAUGUUGCGGUUAAAUUGUUGAGACUGCAUGGAUCUUAUCAUCUUAAUCAGCUCGAUAGUCGUGAGACAGAGAAUGGGCUGGUUGAGACAGUUGCUGUUCUUGUAUCGACAAUGCCACGUUUGCGUCAUGAUUUGCCUGUGGGGAAAUCAGGCCAAUGCUGUAAAACCAAACCAGAUUUUAUAAAGGCAUGGGAAAAAUGGCGUGGUCAGAUAACUAAACUAGACUGCAGUGCCUUUUGGGUUCAAUGUAGUCACCGCCCAACUCGUGAUGGUCUGCGUAAUCUCCUGCAAAUUAUGUUGGGAAAUUUUAACAGUAUUUCUACUGCUUGUUUUCAUUGGAUGGAGCUGUUUAUAUCACACUUCCUUUACAUUAGACCUCUCACUGUGGGUUUUGAGGAGAUGCAUGGAUUGGCUCUGAAAUUUAUGCGGUUAAAAUCAAGCAGUGUUUCCAAUGGUUUGAUGAGGCUUUUGAUUGGCAUUCUUGGAGAAAAUACGGAGGUUGUUAUGGCAGAAUGCUCUAAGUCAUUUGGACCAUGGAUGGUUACCCAUUCUGCAGAGUUACUGACAGCUGAUAACAAUCAAAAUGAGAUUCUUCUGCAUGAGGAGAGGUACAACUUGGGUGGUAUCAGCAUAGUGGAACUGCACCGCCUUGUCUAUUGUCAAGUUUUGGCUUCUCAUCCAUUGACUUGGCAAGUUGCACCUACGUACUUGGUUUCUUGUCCUAAGCAAGGAUUAGGCUUGUUAGAGAUUUUACUGUCCAAACAACCCGUACAAAAUUAUCCAAUGAUUCUCAAGAAUCUGGAGAUCUGCCAAUUAAAUGAGCUUUAUGGGAUUUCUUCAUGUGUUAAGAAGAUUGCUGGCAUGCACCAAUGGAAACAUGGGAGAAAAGGUUCUGGAGUCUAUUGGCUCCAGGAAGCUCGUGAUGAAGCUAGGCUUAACCGAAUUGCUCAACAGCUAUUUGAAUGCAUUGGGAGAUCAAUCUCCGAUGAAACAUUUAAGCAAUGGGAGGGACUAAUUGAACUGCUUGGUUCUGAUGUUGGGACUGCUGGGGGGGUUGGAUUUCUUCACAGAUAUCGAGAUUUUAAGAGAUCUCUGAGACAGGUGAAAAAUGGAAGGCCCACCCGUGCAGCUCGACAGACCGUUGAAUCACUCAUACAGCUUAUGAAGAGUCCUUAUACACCUCAGCGAUUCUGGCUUCCUCUUCUUCAUGAUGUGGUUGAGUUGUUAAAUUGGAAGGAUCAACCUCUUCUGAAUGUUUCUGAAACCAACUUCUUGUUGAAGAAACUGCAAGAGCUAUCCAUGGCGCAGUUAUGUCCAGAGUUCUCUCAGACCUAUUUGCCUCCCGAAGCGCUGACCGAAAUUAGGCUGGCCCUCGCCACAAAUCUGUCCCGAGCUUUUCUUGAAGAAUGAUUAGUAUUAAGUUGAUAUUAUGAUAAAAUUAAAAGUUUCAUAGGUUUGUGUUUUCUUCAAUCAUUUUGCCAUUCCGUGCUAUCAUCUUAAGCCACUCUGAUAUUGCAGACUACAUGAUUUAAAUUUUGUCUAACUGUAUAAGAUUUCCAGCUUGUUCCUACUAUGUCUAAAUGUCCUAAACCAUAUUUUAGAAUGUUUUGCAUCAGUUGAAACCUUUUGGACUGGUCUUUUUGCAGUG